AUGACUAGUCUGUCAAAAGUGACCCAACUGCUGGCCGCGACGCUAAGUCCAGAUGGAAACACCCGAAUAUCCGCAGAGCUCAAGCUAGCUGAGUACAUGGCCAGUUCAGAGGCCGGACUGGCACUUUCUCAGAUUACACUCUCGCAGGAUAUCGAGCCUGCGCUUCGUCAGAUGACUAGCAUCGUCCUCCGCAAGUACGUCAGGGAAAGGUGGUCGCCGUACUUCACCACGUUCCGCGGUUCUGCGCCGCCGGUAGAGGUGAAGGCGCAGAUCCGCGCUGCAGUGUUCCAAGGCCUAUCAGAUCCUGUCCGCAAGAUACGGACAUCAUGCGCUCAUACUCUGUCUUCAAUCGCAAACUGCGAUUGGCCGGAUGAAUAUUCCGAUCUUCUGUCCAACCUGAUCAACUUGCUCUCUUCUGGUUCCGCGGACUCCAUUCAUGGUGCCAUGCAAGUGUUCACGGAAUUCAUUCGAACCGAUCUUUCAGAAGAGCAGAUUCUUCCUGUGCUUCGCCAGUUGCUUCCUGCCCUCCUCGCCAUACUCGGUGCAGCAGAACGACAUAGCGCGUUAACUCGGGCCCGCGCGGUAGCGGUUUUUAGAGAGUGCGUGAGCGCCCUCUACAUGGUCAAAGAACAGCAUCCGCAGGCAACUCAGGAAGCCACUGCUUCCGUCCUCCCGAUCUGGUUGGAGGCAUUCAAGGUUCUCCUGGCGUCGGAUCCCCGCCAAGAUAUAGUGAGCGAGACCAACUGGGACGGACUUGCGAUACGGAUACAAAUUUUCAGGGCGCUUGAUACAAUUCAUACGUCUUUCCCUCGCUCUCUUCGCCCGUAUCUUUCGGAAUACCUCAACAGCGCUCUUGGCCAUCUGCAAGCGUUGUACCCAACCUUUGUUGCUUUCUAUCUAUCUGACGAUGCGAGCGUUCCUUUGUCAUCCGAAGAUGAACCCAUCGAGCUUCCCCACCUGAUAUGCCCUAUCAUCGACUUCUCCGCAAGCAUCGCGAGGAGCGGCAAAGCAAAGGAAUGGUUUGAUCAAAGCAACACUCAGGCUCUUGUCGAUACGGUAUUCCGUUGGGUGCAGAUGACAAAAGACGAUGAAGAGAACUGGGCAAAUAAUGCGAAUGCGUUCGUAGCCGAAGAAGAUGACGAAACAUCAGCAUAUAGCAUACGCGUAGCCGGGUUUGAUCUAUUAUCUUCGAUCCUAGAACGCUCUCCCGUAGCCACUAGCUCUUCCUUCGCCAGCAGCAUACAGCGCACGGCAUCCGAGUCCCAACGGGCGCGCGAAAUGAACAGCUCUGAAUGGUGGAGACCACUCGAGGCGGCCCUUGCUGCCGUUGGUUCGCAGUCAGAGACAGUAAUCGAAUGUCUCGAAGACGAAGAACUUGCAGGUCGAACGAAGCCAAUAGAUAUUGCGUCUUUGCUCACGAACGUAAUUCCAUCGGUGUUGACUCUGCAUGAUUUUCCAUUUCUGCAAGGCCGUGGUUUCGUCUUUGCAAGCCAAUACGGUACCCUUCUACCGAAGGAACUGGCUGGCCAGUAUCUCGAUGCGGCGAUACAAGUAGUAGAGGCCAACGUUGCUGGUGUACCCAUCAAAGUUUCUGCCAUCAAAGCAAUCCAGAACUUCUGCCAAAAUGUGGACGAUGCUGUGCUCCUGCCUUUCGCGCCAAGAAUGGCGCAGGACAUCGGUCCAUUCAUGCUAGUGACCUCCGAGGAUACCCUUGCGCUAGUGCUGGAUACGCUUUCUGUGGUCAUGCAGAUAGAAAAGGCCAGUUGGCUGACAGUCGAGUUGGCGUCUUCGCUUGUCAAGGCCCUACUACAAGUAUGGAGUCAACACAACAAAGAUCCUAUGUUUACAUCGGUGCUCUCUGACGUACUAGAGUCACUUGCAUCCUCGGUCGUGCCCGGGGUGUACGAGGUCGUUGUCAAAGAAGCCCUGCCGGCCCUGUCCAAUGCUGUAUCCGCUGCCAAACCAGACGAAUUGUGGAUCCCCGAGUCUGGAAUCGAGAUGAUCACGAGCUUAAUUGAGGGAGCAUCCCCAGGGAAACUCGGAGACGGUUUCUUUGCUGCCAUAGCGCCAACUCUCUUCGGCGCAUUGAAAAGCUCGGACGAUAGGGACGUCCUGCAGAAUGGAUGUCAAUGCUUGACUCUCGUUGUUCGUAAGGAUUGCUCGCAGCUUCUGGCUUUCAACGACGGUCAUUCGGGCCUGGAGCAUACCUUCGCGAUAAUUGCAAGGCUCCUUCAGAAUGAAGACGAGUCGGGCGGGCUUUUCAUCGGAGAAUUGAUCAUUCAUCUCUUAAGGAACGCGGGUGAAUCAGUUUUACCUGCACUACCUGAGCUUUUGCAGGCAAUGCUUCAACGUAUGCAGACAGCGAAGACCGCUUCGUUCACGCAGAGCUUGAUAAUACCUUUCGCCUUCCUCAUCCACAACCAACGCGACACGGUGUUGGACAUGCUCGAGAACACCUCCAUUGACGGUCGUUCAGGCCUUGACGUCUUGAUCCAGACCUGGUGCGAAAAUGCGGAAACAUUCCAAGGCUUCUGGCAAACGAGGGUCAGCAAUCUGGCCCUUUGCUCCUUAUAUGUAUCCGAACGUCCGAGUCUGCGGAACAUCGUCGUGAAGGGCGAUAUCAUUGUGAAACCGGAGACAAAGAAUGUGAUCAUGACACGUUCAAGGACAAAGUCCAUGCCUACCGAAUUCACUUCUAUCCACUUCCCGGUCAAGGCCUUCAAGAUCAUUGUGCGCGACCUUCUUUCCGGCGGCGAGUCUGCAACCCUCAAUGCCGGAACCGACAAUAUUGAGGAGGUUGACUCGGAAGAUGGCGACGAGGGAUGGGAAGAAGAGUCGCAUCACGGGUUCAAGCGAGAAGAAUACGCUAUGCUUUCGGAGAUGCUUGGGCCCCGGGGGCUAGCUUUCGACAAUGACGAUAUCCUGGACGGACCGGAGGAUGAGGAUCUCCGAAAUGACCCUAUUUCGCAGAUGGAUAUGCAGGCGCACCUGGUGUCGUUCAUCAAGGAAUGUGCUUCUCGGAACACGAACGAUUUCCAGAACGUUGUGGGACAGCUGAACGCAGAAGAGAUGUCAGUUGUUCAGAGAGUAUUGACAUGA